GCAUUCGCCGUUCGAAGUGAACAGACGUGCUUAUUAGCAAUAUUUAAUUUAAUGCAAUAAUAGUGACCUACUUGAUUUAGUUUUGCUUAUACUCUGAAAAUAAGUAUUAUAAUAUGGAAACAUAAACAUAUUAUAUCGGUUAAAAAUGGAUAAGAGCCCCAGCAACCUCGCUUCCUGUGCCUCACCAAUUAAAAGCAGCCUUCAAACUGACUUCACUAUCGAAGUUGUGUCAACGCCCGAAAUACAGAAAUGGAUGGCGUCAAUCGAACAACAAUUAAAUGAAGUUUGCUCUAUUGCUACGGAGGGAAAACUUAACUCAGAGCAAAAAUUGAAAAUUACAAACCUGAGCCGUAAAAUUGGAUCCAGCGUCUCACAAAUGGCAGUUUUGUAUCAAUCUCUAAAGCAAAAGUCCCGUCUAGCUAUUAACAUCAUUGAUGACCUAAAGGAGAGACGUGACCUGGCAGAUCAAAUUUCGGAGAUCAAGAAUACAAUCAAAGACUCUACUGGAAUGGGAAAUAAUAAUUCAUUUGCUGACAUGGUGAAAAAGGGUAAGAACUUCGUGCGUCCCAACAAUUUGAGCUCUGUCGCUAUUUACCCUGUGAACCCAUUAGUACAAUCAAGUGACGAAACCAAAACUAUAGUCCAGAAAAUAAUACGCCCUGAUGAAUUGAAGUUGCAUGUCCGAGGACUCCGUAAAACACAAAAUGGAGGUGUUAUAAUUAGCACCGAAACCAAGGAAGACGCUGAAAAAGUUAAGGAUGCAGUUCAGCUAUCAUCAUCUGGCCUUACCACCGACGAACCUAAAAAACGUCAACCACGACUUACGGUUGUAGGAGUACCGAGCUCUAUGUCUGAUGCUGAAGUAUUCAAGUGCAUUUAUGAGCAGAACGUAGCUGACAAGUUUUCAGGGAUCUCAAUGGAAUCCUUUCUAAAAGAUGUAAAGUUAAGCCAUAAAUCCGGAAGAAAGGACGCACCGGCCUGCAAUUAUAUCAUACAAGUCUCUGGCAAGAUACGCAAAGCUCUUAUUUCUCAGGAAAGACUUUACAUCAAUUGGACUUCGUGCCCUGUCAGAGAUUUUACGCUCGUUACUAGAUGCUAUAAAUGCCAGCAAUACGGUCACGCAGCAAAAACCUGUCGAGAGCCCUUUUUAUCGUGUGGUCAUUGUGGAGAAGUAGGACACGCAUUUUCUGAGUGCAAGAAAACAACGGAAUCUCCUAAGUGUGCAACUUGUACCCGCUAUAGCAAGCCGAAUAAGCAUAAAACGGGUGACGCUGAGUGCCCUGCUAGGAAAAUAGCGGAGUACAGAUUCAUCAACUCAAUAGACUAUGAAGGUGCAUAGUACGCAUAUUGUUGUACGUCAGAGUUAGGUGUUCACCUUCCUUUGCACAAUAAUUGCGCAACGUAUCCAGUUAGCCGACGGAAACUUUGUUGCUGUACAAGCAAAAAAUUUUAAUACUUUAUAAUAACACGAGUGAAGUGAAUGACCAUAAGAACUUAGUAACCUAGUUUUAUUUAUGUUUCUGCCGAUGUAUGUAAUUCCACAGCUGUAGUCAUAUUAUGUAUUAGUUCUAAAUAAUUUGUCAUAAUUAUGUAGGUAUUAUUAUAU